AUGUUCGAAAUUUCGCAGGCCGCAAAUCCGGGGAAACUCCGAGAACAGUGGACAACUGCGGAAAGCGUUUCCGGGGGUUUUCGUCGUUCGCCAGGACCGACACAGCCGCCGCCCGCUCUCUUUUCGUCGCCGUCGUUCUCAGCUCACCACGCUUUCGUCUUAGAGCUCCGCCUUCAGCUCGUCGUCGUUUUCGUAGUGUCGCGGUCACCGAAGGAGCCAGCUGGACGAUUCGCGAAUAAUCGUCAUGGUCUAGGCUGUACCGUAUACUGCAUUGGCUCUUAUAUGUCUUACGUGCGUACAGUCCCCGGGGACAACUCAACUGGAUAA